AUGUGCACCCGAACCUUGAUCUACGCAGCUCUUUUGUUGCUUGCGGUAGCGACCACUUCUUCUCAGAAUACAACAAGUGUCCCCAACUCGCCACAAAGUCCGACAUCUCCUUCGCAGCCUUCCGCGAAUUCUUCCGCAUCCGGGUCAAAUGGAUUUGGGUUCGGUUCAGGAGCCCCUGGAACCGGGGGUGGAGGGGGUUUUGGGUCUAACGGUGGCGCUGGAUCUGGAGGCGGUGCUGGUACUUCUCUUGGGGGUUCCGGCGGAGGCGUAGGCGUUGCGGAUGGUUCAUCUGCAACUGGGUCUGGCUGCACAACUGGAUCAUGUGGAGGUGGUGUGGCAGCUGGUGCUGGUCCACUUGACGGUUUCACUACACUUGAGGGAUCUAACGGAAUGGGCUUUGGUUCAGGCGCUCCUGGCACAGGUGGAGGGGGUGGGUUUGGCGCGAACGGAGGUGGUGGUGGCGGUGGUGGUGGUGGUGACAGGCUCGGCGGCACUGGAGGCGGUGGUGGUGCAUCGAAUGGGUCUAUAUCAACUGGAUCAGGUGUGACUAAUUCCUCAUCUGGAAUUGGUACAGUGAACGGUGCCAACGCCGGAACAGUUCCAAUUCCUACUCCAGGCGCUCAACCGACAGCUCAAGCAAUUACAUCAGGAAUGAGAGACGACGAUGUGACAAGCACGACAACUUCAACCGUGGAUGCCAUCCCUCCGACGGUGGACCCUUUACGAACAUCUCCUCCCUUAAGUGUUUCUGGUGGAUACAACGGUGGUGCAACUACCUCAUCGACUACAAACGGAACGAAUUCUGGAGUACCAGCAAGUGCUACAUAUGGACCAUCGGGAGACACGGUACCCACGACGCCCACACCAAUGUCGGCGAAGUCUACUGCGUCCACCCCAGUCCCCUCAAUGCCGGCAGCAACAAAACGACCGCCACCGUCUUCUACUGCAGUGAGUCAACCUUCUAUAUCUUCCUUGCCAACGGCAAUUCCACCACAACGUUCACAGACGACAAAUCUCACGAAAACACUUGGGCCAACUGUGACAGCUAUUGCUCCUGGGGCGUAA